AUGAUGCUCAGUCCUGACCGGCUGGACCAGUCCUGGACUCAAGCAGACACUAUGAACCUGCAGUGUGGCUCUACAUCUGUCAAACGCGGAGCUCGAGAGGACGAGGCGCCGUGCUCCCUGGUGCACGCGCCCUCUCUCAACAAGGAAGAGAGAAGGAGGAGGCGGCGUGCGACAACUAAAUAUCGAUCCGCGCACGCCACCAGGGAGCGUGUCCGCGUUGUAGCCUUCAAUGUGGCCUUUACAGAACUGAGAAGAUUACUACCGACCCUCCCACCUGACAAGAAGCUAUCCAAGAUUGAGAUCCUGAGACUCGCGAUUUGUUACAUCUCUUACCUCAAGCACGUGCUGGAUGUGUAG